CGGCUGUUGGUUGCCAUGACAACUGCGGCACGAGGGGGCAGGACCCGGCGCAGCGCGCGAAAAGAAGCUAAUCGAGCAGAAGUCCAGCUAAAGGAUUGUGUCACUUGUGUCGUUUACCAACGAUGAGCGCUUCGUGUUGUCUUCACUGUGAAAACUCCAAAGCCUUCGUACUGAACUGUCCAUGGCAGCACUGGAAGGUCUGAGGGGAGGAGGAGGAGGAGAACUCCUCUUUGAUCCCCCCGGCAUAAAUGGAGAUGAAGAGGAGGAAGACUCACCCGCAGUUUUACUCAGUGUCUUGGCCCAGCACGGACAGGUGGGCCUCUGCUUCUAUCACAGUGAGGACUCCACUUUACACUACAUGAUCGACACGCCUGACAACCACGAGCUCCACCUGUUGGCCAGAGUUAUCCAGGAGGUUAGUCCCAAUCUUAUCAUUACCAGUGCAAAGCAGGAGCGCUGCAUGACCCUCUUCCUUCAACAACUGGGUUCAAACCCAGACUACAAACCAGAGGUGGUCACUUAUCCAUAUGCUGACUUUGGUCUGGAGGUUAGUAAGCAGAGGCUGUUCGCUGCCUAUCUACCUUUCCUUCCUCCUUCCAUUUCAGAGAGAGACAAAAUGUCCUACCUCUCCUCCUGCAUCUCCUUUGAGUCCCCCCUGAUGCUGAGGACAGUGGGCGCUUUGCUAAAAUGUCUGGACAGGAGGAGAGUGGGAGUGGAACUGGAAGACAGCAGUGUUAGAGUUCCUAUCCUGCAGUUCAACGCCUACACAUUGAAAGUGUCCUGCAGAUCUUCAAGUCGGAAAUUCACCCAUCAGUGUACAAGCUGCAUUCGGGCGAAAAAGAAGGACUCAGUCUUUAUGGAAUACUCAACCGCUGCAGGUGUAAAUUUGGUUCCAGGUUGUUACGAGGGACUAUAUAAAAAAAGUCUCCUUUCUUCUGUCAGCCAGUGGUUUCUGCGGCCGACGCAGGACACGGCCGUGUUACACAGGAGACAGGAAGUUAUACGUUUCUUCACAUCGCCUCAGAACUCAGACGUCCAGAGCACCCUGCAGUCCUCGCUACGCAACAUCAGAAACAUACCAUCUCUUCUACACAGGAUGUCCCUCUCUCACACCAAAGUGACUGACUGGCAGGGUCUCUACAAGACGGUGUACAGUGCAGUGUGUAUCAGGGACACGGUGCGACACCUGCCUCAAUCCAUUGAGCUCUUUCAUGAAAUCAGUGAGGGGUUCUCUGACGACCUUCACCACAUCUCCUCCGUCAUCAGCCGAGUUGUGGAUUUUGAAACCAGCGUAGCGGAGAAUCGCUUCACCAUCAAACCAAAUGUGGACCCUGCUAUAGACGAGAAGAAGAGGAGGAUGAUGGGAUUGUCCGACUUCCUGACAGAUGUUGCCAGAAGAGAGCUGGAACAUCUGGACGCUUGCAUCCCCUCCUGUUGUGUCAUUUACAUCCCUCUGGUUACAAUUACAUAUUUAUUUAGUUAUCUGGCUAGUGGCCGCUUGCAGUGCAUCGGUGGUGGGAUUCAUACUGUCAGACAUCAUGUUGAAUUCUCUUUUCAGAUUGGUUUCCUGCUCUCUGUCCCUCGCCUGCCCAGCAUGGUGGAGAGAGAGGAUUUUGAGAUAGAGGGGCUUGAAUUUAUGUUUCUGUCAGAGGAUCGCCUGCACUACCGCAGUCAGAGAACCAAGGAGCUAGACAACCUCCUCGGAGACUUGCACUGUGACAUUAGAGACAUGGAGACAGCAGUCAUGACACAACUGCAGAACACGAUCCUCGAGAGGAGCAGCUCCCUCUACAGGGUCCUGGAUCUUGCUGCUGAGCUCGACUGUCUGAUGGCCAUGAGCAGUGCCUCCCAGGAGUAUGGCUAUGCCUCGCCCAAGUUCACCAGCCACAGGAUGAUAACAGUCAAACAGGGCAGACAUCCACUGCUGGAGCUGUGCUCCCCUGUGUUUGUGGCCAACUCCUUCCAGAGCUCAGAGUCACAGGGCAGAGUCAAGAUCAUCACCGGACCCAACUCUUCUGGCAAGAGCAUCUACCUCAAACAGGUGGGCCUGAUUGUGUUCAUGGCUCUGAUUGGUUCAGACGUGCCGGCGAAGGAGGCAGAGAUUGGUCUGGUGGACGGGAUCUUCACCCGCAUGCAGAGCAGAGAGUCUGUGUCUGUGGGCCUCAGCACCUUUAUGAUCGACCUCAACCAGAUGGCCCAGGCUAUCAACAGCAGUACUGGCAACUCAUUAGUUCUCAUCGACGAAUUUGGAAAAGGAACUAACACAGUGGAUGGACUGUCCCUGCUGGCUUCAUCGAUCUCCCAUUGGCUGAGAAAAGCUCCCAUGGAUGUUCCUCACGUCCUGUUGGCGACCAACUUCCACAGUUUGCUGCAGCUGGGCCUGCUGCCCUCCUCUGUGUUGCUGUCUCUUCUGACUCUUGAGACAGCAGUGGACGGGGAUGAGUUGGUGUUUCUGUACCAAUUGAAAGAAGGGAUCUGUCACUCCAGCUAUGCUGCCAACAUAGCCACACUGGCAGGCCUACCAGUUACUCUUGUACAGAGAGGAGUGGAGGUGUCUGAACUGUACAGGACAGGAAGGCCAAUCAAACUCAUUGACAAAGCAUCAUCAGAUGAGCAGGCAAACAGGUGCAGGUCUGUGGUGGAGAAGUUUUUGAACCUCGACCUGGAGGACAAAGAUUUGGAUCUGCAGAGCUUCAUGAAGGAGGAGUUCCUGCCCUUUGCUGGAGAGCUGCUGGACCACAGCUGAACGGUUCGGCUUCUUCAAACCUGCCUUCGCAGCUCUGUGGUCAGUUUGUCUCCUCACUGUCCUGGGAGCAAGCAGACGUCAAGUGAUGCUCUGUACCUGGACAGGAUACAGCUAUCAACAAAACACUGUACAUUAACUGUUGGUGUGAUACUGCUACACUAAAAGUUAAUAUCCAGAAUGUGUUACAAAGGGUUACUGUUGUAGCAAAACAAAACGGCAAACACAAUUUACUCUCUUGUUUUCUUACAUUUAAUUGCUGAAUGUCAAUUUUAAGAUAAUAAACAUUACACAAAUCAGA